AUGGGUUUUUUACAUCAAAUCGACUCAUCUAAAGUUCUUGAUAUGAGUAAAUUGCGGGCAGACAUUACAUAUAAUCAUCGGCUUCAAACAAAUAUUUCACUUCCAACUGCACAAACUAUAGUAUCCGAUGUUGAAUUUUCUAAAGAUAAUGAAAAUUUACAAGAAGUUAAAUUAUUGAAGAAUUAG